AGAACAAAUUGUUCUGUCCCACCGGCGUUUUUAUUUAGCAGCAAGAAGGUCGAGCGGAGACAAGCGGCAAUAUUUGACUGGAAAAACCUCCAACAACAACAAAAAUAAAACGCUACUAAUAAAUAUAGGCUGACUUACGAUGUGAGGGAGUUAGUCAUGUCCUCGCUCUAUGUCGCGUCCAUUCGGACUCUUACGAUAGCCUGCUAGCUAGCCAAUGCUAGCUAGCGUCACUAGUUACGUUGGCAGCGAGCUAGCGAGUGAUAUUUUUGGACACGUAUUUCCUCUUGGCUUUUUCUUUUUAACAAAAAAUAAUAAUUUACCAUUUUGACGGAGUUUUUUUCCCCCGCUGCUUCCAUGGCGAGCGCCCGGAGGUUGCCCAUGGGUGUGCGGACCUUCAGCGACUAUCUCCAGCUGGCUGUCGGCGGCUCUCCUCGCUCCUGCCGGCCGGCGGUGCCCCGGAUGUGUAGCCGACAAAACAUCAGACAUUUGUCCUCCUGCGGCAUCCUGAUGACCAGGUCUCCCAGAGCGCUGUGCCUCCACGACUGGGACGCGGCCAUGGCGAGUCUUCCUCAAAGCCGCAACUUCAUCAGCCUCACCAACAAGAGGAAGGAGUACUCGGAGCGCAGGAUACUCGGCUUCUCCAUGCAGGAGAUGUACGAGGUGGUGGCCAAGGUGGACGACUACAAACUUUUUGUCCCCUGGUGCAAGAAGUCUGUGACGGUGGCGAGGCGGGCGGGUCACUGCAAGGCCCAGCUGGAGGUGGGCUUCCCCCCCGUGGUGGAGCGCUACACCUCCAUGAUCACCUGCGUCAGACCUCACCUGGUCAAGGCGGUGUGCACAGACGGCAAGUUGUUCAACCACCUGGAGACCAUCUGGCGCUUCAGUCCCGGCAUCCCCGGCUACCCUCGCACCUGCACCGUGGACUUCUCCAUCUCCUUCGAGUUCCGCUCGCUGCUGCACUCCCAGCUGGCCACCAUGUUCUUCGACGAGGUGGUCAAGCAGAACGUGGCCGCCUUCGAGCGCCGCGCCUGCAAGCUCUACGGCCCGGAGACGCGAAUCCCGCGAGAGCUGAUGUUCCACGAGGUGCACCAGACGUGAUGUCAUCCAGGCCUUCAAGUCCCGCCCCCCUCCUCCUCCUCAAGCAAGUCCCCGCCCCCUGCAGUCUACCUCCACUCAUGUACAAGAAGAGAAAUAAACCACACGGUGACGAAGAACAAAAACACGCUUUUAUUUUUAUUUUCCAAAGCCACCAGACUUUUAUUGUGAAGGGGAGGACGCAUCGUCUUCGAAUUGGAGUUGAAAUGUUUAAGUUUUCUUCUUAAAUAUAAGCUUUGAUGCAUUUUAGACAUUGAAUUCUUUUGAAUGUAUUUGUCAUUUGAUGUGCCAUCUCCAGCUUUUGUGGUUUUAAAAAGCUUUUAAUUCUUU